UCUUCCCUUGAAGUCUCCAGCACCGACUGCUCUUGGCCUCUUUCACUUGACAAGGAAUAAGCUUCGCUCCACUAGCCUUGAUUGGUGGAUGGAAGCACCGAGGAUAGUCUGGUGGUAUGCCACUUUCACGAUUCCACUAGAUUUUCAAGAUUGGGUUGGUGUUCUCUGUACCAGAACAUUGGUAUUCCAAUGAACUCAAGCAAUGGACAAGAGAUCUUAAGCUUAUAGGGUCGUAAUUCAGAGUCCACUAGCCUCCAUUUUCAAAGUAAAUGAUUCCUUAAGCUUGAUGUUUAAAGUCUUAAAGCAGUGUCAACCAUUUUUGGAACACAAGGGUCACUUCAGAGCCAAUAAUUUCCGAAGACUUGCGUUUACCUAGCUAUGUAGCGUAGCAUUGCUAGCUCUCCUCCCCGUAGACUAAUUGUGAUGUUAAAUAGGCAAUUCCUUGAGACGAAUAUUUUCACAUUUCAUAAUAUACGAAGUGAGCUCCUUGAAGAAACACGAGAGCAGCAAUGGAUUGCAUCCCCAUGCUUGUUUUCUGCUUCAUUUCAUUUCUGAUUGUUAGAACAGCCACACCUACUGACACCAUAAACACAGCCCAGUUCAUUAGAGAUGGAGACACUAUAGUUUCAGCUGGCGGGACCUAUGAAUUAGGAUUUUUCAGCCCCGGGAAAUCCAAAAGCCGAUACUUGGGGAUAUGGUAUGGCAAAAUAUCUGUCCAGACAGCAGUUUGGGUUGCCAACAGAGAAACUCCACUUAACGAUUCAUCAGGAGUUGUAAGGCUUACCAACGAAGGACUUCUUGUCCUUCUAAACCGGAGUGGAAGCAUCAUUUGGUCUUCCAACACAUCAACACCUGCUAGGAAUCCAGUUGCGCAGCUUUUGGAUACAGGAAACCUUGUUGUGAAAGAGGAGGGUGAUAAUAACGUGGAGAACUCCUUGUGGCAGAGUUUUGAUUAUCCAGGCAACACACUAAUACCGGGCAUGAAGGUAGGACGGAAUAUCAAAACUGGCAUGGACUGGUACGUGACAUCAUGGAAGUCACCUGAUGAUCCUUCCAGAGGUAAUAUUACAGGCAUCCUUGUUCCUGAAGGAUAUCCGGAGUUACUACUGUUGGAAGAUUCGAAACCGAAGCAUCGAGCUGGGCCAUGGAAUGGCUUGCAGUUCAGUGGCAUGCCUCAAGUAAAACCAAAUCCCGUGUACAUAUUUGAAUUUGUUUAUAAUGAGAAGGAGAUAUAUUACACAGAGCAACUUCAUAAUAGCUCAAGGCAUUGGAGGGUCGUCUUACCUCAGAGUGGUGAUAUCCAGCACAUCCUCUGGAUCGAGCAAACUCAAAGUUGGCUUCUUUAUGAAACAGCAAAUACAGAUAAUUGUGAAACUUAUGCACUCUGUGGCGCAAAUGGUAUCUGUAGCAUUAACAACUCUCCGGUGUGUAACUGCUUGAAAGGAUUUGUACCAAAAGUUCCUAGAGACUGGGACAAGACAGAUUGGUCAAGCGGUUGCGUUAGAAAGACUGCACUAAAUUGUUCCAGAGAUGGGUUUCGGAAGCUCUCGGGUGUGAAGAUGCCGGAGACAAGAAAAUCAUGGUUCAACAGGAGUAUGGACCUGGAGGAGUGCAAGAACACAUGCUUGAAGAACUGCAGCUGUACUGCGUAUACAAACCUGGACAUCAGGGAUGGAGGAAGUGGUUGCUUGCUUUGGUUCAAUGAUUUGAUUGAUAUGAGAACUUUCGUUCAAAAUGAGCAAGACAUUUUUAUACGGAUGGAUGCAUCAGAACUAGGCUUAUAGCUUGAUAGCAUGUCACUUUUGUUGGACCUUCAGAACCUGCUCUUUUGGUUGUACUUUGUACCUUUCCUUUAUGUCUAGUUAGUGCUCCAAAACUAUGAAAUUUAUAUUAACUCUUGUAUUAAGACAAUCGAAUUAUAUUAUAAAGUUAGUUUUGUUGUUACUGCUA